AUGGCCAAACGCGCUUUGCAGUCACCUCGUAAAUCUCCACACGGUAUCAGGAAGCGCAGACGUACUAAUAGAUUGAGCUCGUCUGUCAUUGGUACUUCUCCUAGCAGUGCUGUAGACUCACCUCAAGAAGAUGAAGUUAAAAAUGGACAAGACACGUCCUAUAUCUCAGCCGGCAGCAGGGAACAUACUGGAAGCGAAAGUCUACCUCUCAACGGUGAAAAUGAUGCCGAUGAAGCGCAAUUUGAAGUCGAUGAAAGCGCUAAGGAAGAAUUGCCAUCAGCCGACAACAAUGAAGAUGCUAAAAGUCGACUCUCAUCUGUCUACACAGAGGCAAAAGUUGGAGAACUCCCAGCUGUGGACAAUCAGAACGCUAUGGAGGCAAUUAUUUCAUCAACCGACCAUUCAGAUAGUGACUUCGAGUGUCAAUCAAGUCUUUGCGAUGACGAGAGCGACUACCAAGAUGGAAGUGAUCAGCUAUAUCAAGACUCCGACCUUGAGUCCAAUUUCAAUGACUCCAGAGAUCUACCUCCAGUCAAGCAUAGGAAGAAGACAGAGCAACGUGAGACAUCAGUACAGAAGUCCGCCACUUUUACCAGAAGAGAGAUCAUGGAAAAGGUGCACAUUGAUUGGCCUUCGCGAAUGCAGAACGGAGUGGUGAACGGUGUUUGA